GUUCGGGUGUUUCAGACAAAGCGCGUGAUAUCAACGCGAGUUCGAAAUUCAUAAUUUUGAGGCUUCAAAGCCGAAACAUCUAUGGCGAACAUCUAAAAGAAUUAGGGUGUAAAAAUUCGAUUUUUUCGCGUUUAAAAUGGCUCCAACCGGCCAAGAAACGCAACAGAUAAGAGAUAUUGACGAUUUAGAUUCCGCUGACACGAAUGGAAAGAAGUUAAAACGAAAUAAAAGCAUAAAUAAUACCGCUGUUCUCGUGGCGAAAUGUGUUGCUGAACACGACGAUCUAAAUCCUCGAGAAACUACAAAUACUGGGGAUAAGCUUCAAUCCGAAACAGAAGUUGUUUUGGAAGAUGGUAAGCUUAGGUUUUUGAAGAAUUUCAUCAAAGAAUAUUACUUAAUUAUCACUUUAAUUUUUGGGAAAGAAAGCUGGUAUUAAAAAUGCGCCAUUGUGGAAUGUCGCAAGGAAUGUCGUUUCAAAUUAUGUCUUCUGUUUUAUAGGAAAUUCGGCUUUAUAAUCGUAAUUUUAGGAACAAAAAAGCUUUCAUGAGUUGUAUUUGAUUUGUAGUGGUAUUUAAAGAAGAACAUUUAGCAUUUUACACUCCUUUUGAAGGCUUUUUAUUUCAGAAUUGAAACGACGUCAUAGGAGUCGGCAUAUUGAGUUUUAAAUAUUUGUAAAUUUUGGGUAGAAAUUUCAGCUUUUUCGUGUACAUAAUUGAGAAUAUAAGCGCUGUAUUUAGUGGUUGGGUAUUAAAGGACAAUUUUUAUGUGGUUUUCGGAAGUGUACUUGUACAAUUUUUGGUGAAAAUUAAUUUUGUAUGGCAGUUUCGUUUUUCCCGACAAAUCUAUAAAUAUGACGUAUUUCUUCGAAUUUUCGAAGUGGCGGCUAGACUUCGUGUUUGUGAAAGGUUUUUUUGUCAUCAGAAUUCCAAAAUGUUCUUUACAUUAGAGGCUGAAAUGUAGCAAUAUUAUUAUAAGACAUUGUAUAUAAUAUAGAUUAUUAUUAUUAUUAUUAUUGAAGUUAUGAUUGUUCCUCAAGCCUGUAUUCAGAAAAUAUCUAAAGCAACCGAAUCGCGGGAGACACGGGUUCGAUUUCCGUUGGGAGUUCAGAUAUUUUCUGAAUACAAGCUUCAGGAAUAGUCUUUACUUCACAUAUAUCCAAGCUUUUAUAAUAUAUGAUUUCAUCAAAAAUUAUACAAGUUUUUGCUUCCUGAUGAAUUUUCAAUUUCUCCAAAGCAAGCAAAAUACUAGAGCGUUUCUGAUUGGUUGCCAGAAAAUCGGCUGACCGGACAUUGGUACUUGCCACAGCAAUGAAAUACAAGUGGGUCUUGGCGAAAAAAGCAUAACACUGCCAUGCCAUGAUUCUCAAUGAUUUAUUAUCAAAAUGCUGUCACCAUGUUUGUAGCCCGUGUGCUUAUGAGAGCCAUUCACCUCCUCCCCCUAAACAUCCACCAUUUUGAAUAAUUUCAGGGGGGUGAAUUCCUUUCAUUAGUACACUGGCUAGGAACAUGGUGACAGCAUUGCAACGGUUGCACCAAAGUUCUAGGCAGAACCAAUGAGUCAGCCUAUCAAAACCGUGAUGGGUCAUUCCAGAAAACAUCCAUACCACCUCCACGGAGGAAAUUGGAAGUUAACCCCCCUACGGAUGUCCUAAUACAUUUAAUAUUAUCAGAAACAAUUUUGUCUCCCCUCCCCCUCCAGACGGCAGAAAUUUCCUCCGUGGGGGGAGUGUGGAUCUUUUCUGGAACGACCCAAUCACAGAAUAGGAACCUUACAGUACGUUUUGAAAAUGGUGCUUUCGCUUUUUCAUCAAAAUUGUCUUAGUUUUGAAAUGUAAUGUGUCAUUCCACGAAAGUUUCCCACACCCCCUAUCAAGGAAAUUUCUUGCAUCCAGGGGGGUAGGGGAAGUCUACUUUUGAUAAUACAGGGUUCAAAUAUUUUUACUUGUCCAUUGUGAUAGGCUAUGUAUUUUUUGUUUGUUUUCAACAUUAUUCAACCUGCUUUAUAACAUUAGUCCAGGCCAUCCCAGUUUUACAAAUGAUUUUUAAAUUAUGAAUUGUUCACUCUCAAAAUGUUCUGGGUUUUUUUUUUAAAUAAUUGUUACAGAUUGAGGGGGGUGGUUUCUACUAUUCAGAGGGGGAUUUAUUUCUGAUAAGGCCAAAAAAAUAUGUGGGUUUCCGGUUUCUUCUUAUAAAAACUUAGGUAGGGUAGGUAGGUUUUAACUUCUUUAUUUUUUAAACUUUUUUUUUUAAUUUUCUGAACGAGCAGACGCUAUUUUGUUUAGUCAGUGCUUCCACAUCCAGAGAUAUAUUUCCCUAAUAUUGCCUCACAUUUCAAUUUUCCACAAACUUUUUCCUCUAAGUGGAAACACUUACAAGCAUGAUCCAAUAAAACUGUUUAGGGUCGGGAUUUCGACGUCCAAAAGCUAGGUAGGGUCGGGAAACCGGACGGAAACCCACAUUUUUUUUUUGCCUAAUAGUAAAAUGUACUGAGAUGUCCAAAAGGGGUAGGGGGUUAACAUGUGUGGGAGGUGUGAAUGUUUUCUGGAGUGACUCAAUUGAAAAUACUAAUGAAGAUGGAUCUUAUGUGUGUACAACUUACACCUCCAUAUAUUGCUGCAUACAAUCCCAUACCAUAGAGGUGUUUAACCCCUCAGAAAUAUUGUUAGUUUAAUUAAUAUAACUGUCUUAAAUUUCAAGGAUCCCUGGCUUACGUUUGCCUCCCCGUGAUUGACAUUCCUUGCCUUGGUGGAGUUGAAGCGUCUGCCAAAACCUCCACACUUGAUUCUGCUAGUGCUUGGGACCAAAGUUUAGACCAAAGCUUUCAGACGAAAAAUCCUCCCAGGACAUGGCGAUCGUCUGGGAAGGGCAAAAAAAGAAAGAAGCCGAAGGCUGGCUCGAAGAAGAAGAUUUACAAAAAACACAAGACAGAUGUCUCUAUGCCUUCCUCAAAUGAAAGCUUAGAGAGCUUUGUGUCCAACAAGAACACUUUUGCAGACACUGAAGUACCAUUUGUGUUUUGUGGAGCUCAGCCCACAAACUGUAAAAUAACUACUGGUGGUCGGAAACACAACAAUGGUACAAAAGGUGGUCGCAUUGCCACACAGCAGACUUGUGGCUCUGUCAAAGCUAGCAAUAAGAUGUGCUCUGAUGUUCAAUCACACAGGGGUGGUGGUGGCGGUGGAGACGGGGAUGAUGGAGAUGAUGGGAACAAGCCGCCGAGAAAGCCUCCUGAUGCUGUGCUGUGCUGUAAGACCACCAAGCAAAGACGAAAGAAGAAAAAGACCAAGUCUAGUGAGAUGGAAGUAGAUGGUGGUAGCAAUGAAGGUGGUGGUGACUGUCCACCCAGUUCAGCAAAUGAUCAAGAGGUGGGUUUUCCUUACUAGCUACAGUACAGUACUGCCAAGAAACAGUCCUGCCUCCAGAGCGCCUGCGUCUUGCGUCCACUCUGCCCGCGUCCUGCUUCCAGAGCGCUGCGUCCGGCCUCCACGACGCCCGCGUCUUGCGUCUGCUCUGCCCGCGUCCUGCCUCCAAAGUGCCGGCGUCCGGCCUGUAGUUAAAAACUGCGUCCGCUUGGAUGCAGUCAUCGUAACAUAAUCGGAAAAACGAAUUUAUAUUUGCAUCAUACUCAUAGUUUGUCGUGAGAAUACAGAUCAGUGUCACUGAUAGGCGAAGCAAAGAAUAAAAAGUUGAAUCCGAAAACGAGUUUCAUUGAACCUAAGCGUUACAUUUAGUAUAACCAUUUUAUAAUGUUAUACGUUAUACUACAGUAAGCGUAGUGCUUUCACAAUGCAAUCACACGUACUUGAGUGGCGAUUGAAGCGUAUAUGACUGUAUACUGGAGCGUAAAAUAGACAUAAACUAUAUAUACAUAUAAUGUAGACACAUAUACUAAACUCAGUGAGAUCGCGACUACAACAAGUAUAUAUCACGCAACACAUUCAUUUGCUACUCAAAUUCUGACUUACCUCGUAGAAGAUUGCUGAUUAGUAAUUGAUAUACAAUUCUGUAUUUGAAUAAUGUUAUGUCUCCAUAACUCGUCAGUAUAUUAAAACGAAGAUGCUCGCUCAUUUACAAUAUAUAUAAUAGUGGUUUUGAUUUUUCAUUUAAAAUACCAUGAUUACUACGAGCCACUACACGUAUAUAACUUUAUUUACAGCAACAAAUUUUUGUUGUUUUUCCAAAACAAAGUAAAUGCACAUGGUGAUAUGUCAUAUAAAUUGAUAAUUACCAUAUAAUUUCUGGAUAAACGACUUCUCUUAAUCCCUUAAUGGAAUACCUUUACAUGUCCAGGAAACCGUCUUUGUGUUUCAACACGGUUCAAUGACUGUGACUCAUCGCUUGAUUUUCAAAGUUGCAGUAUAAUUCGCUAACGCUGAAGUGAAGAGCUCAGACUAAUAUCACUCGAUUCGUAUUACUAUCAGACUAAUAAAAUGAGGUAUCGAUUGCUUACUCGUCAACCCGGCAAAAUGUAUGUUGGGUUUCUUCGAAGAAGAUAUAAAACCAUACGUACAUUAAUUUAAAAGAAUACAGGGUUUAAACCAAACGUUAUACGAAGGUGCGAAAGUAGAGAUCAAAUACGAAAAGGAACUUUACGAAGCACAAAUUCUGAAAAUUCACGGUAAGUUUAAUAUUAGAAAUAUAAAAAUCUAGGUCUGCAACGCUUGUGUAUAAACAUAAAAACGUGGUGUGAAAUCACUAACAUGAAAAUGUUCUGACGCCCACGGUUUGUUUAUGAAAAUCGCAACGUGAUAAUUUCCGACGAUCUACGAGGAGAACUCUUUCUCAGCUGCGUCCUUGCCCGCAGAUGCAAAGCGGACGCAUGGCGCCCGCAUAGUGGAUGCAGACGCACAACGGACGCCCGCAGGACAGACGCACCUGUGGACGCAAGAUGCCCGCGUCUUGGACGCGGUUUUUGAUAAGUUAUUUCUUGGCAGUACUGUAUGUUUUAUUGUACACUAUUGGAUAUGAUUUGUAUAUUUGUUGCAAUGAACAAUACAUUGAAUGUUAGUUGAAUGGUGAAACUGCUUAGUACAGAAAACAUUCCAGUAUUUGCUCUAAAUGAUGGACUAUUUUGGUAUUUUCUGGGUAGUUUCAUAAUUAUUGCUACUAAUGAAGGGCCUUUGAAGACAUUGAAAGACCAAUUAAAAAUUUAAGUAGUUUUAAAAACCUUAUUUAUAGCAAUUAAUUAAAUUUUUAGAGUAUGAAUAUGGAACAUUCACAGCCAGGAUUAUACAUAAUAGACAGAUUUAGAUCGAGGAUGUGGACGUCAAAGACGAUGUGAAAAUGGCGUGUUGUGCCCAUGUAUUGAUAUGCCACUCCAUUUUCAUGUCAUCUUUGACGUCCGCGUCCUCAAUCUAAAUCUGUCUAAUGAAUCACACCAGUCGGCUAGCUAUUUCUAUUCAUAAGCUUUCAGCUAUGAGAGCUAUAGUAGGAAGCGUGUGUGAAGGCUAUAGAUAUAGUAUCUAGCCAGAGAACAUUGCAAUUCAUUAAAUAUUUAGAGUAGUUCAUAGUUCAUUAAAUAUUUAGAGUAGUUCAUAGUAGUUUGAAGUACAAGCAUAUUUUGCCAACUAGUAAAACGGAAGUAAAAUAUUCUUGUAGUAAUAAAUUUACUCGAACUCUUAUAAGUGAUUUGGCCAGCUAUACAUCAUACAAUUCAGCUUAAUAGUUAGUACACUCAAAAGAGUACUUAUUAUAUUAAAAUUAUUUUAUUUUACUUAAAGAUGGUAUCAGUGCAAAAAGAACAAGUUGUGAAUGAACAGAUUGUGAAUGUACCUUGUGUACAACCAGAACAGCCUCGGCAGCCAACUAAGCAGCUUCUCUUGAUGUUACACAAGAGAAACACCGAUAUCAACCAUAACAACUAUUGUGGGAAGACAGCAUGCGAUAGAUGUUCUGAGGUAAGACCCUUGCUAAUCUUUUAUUACAUUUUAUAUAUAUGUAUAUUGUCUAUGCCUUUACAUGGAUUUAAGACUUUCAAGGCUGUGGCCUGUUGCUUAGCUAUAAGGACAGAGUAACCUGAUUAUAUAAUUGAUGGUAGUUACAAAAUGUACGUUUCUUUGCAGGUUGAAACAAAGUUAAUCCGACAUUAUUUUGAUGAAAUGAAUGGGUCUUGCAAGUGUAACGAAUGCCAAUUGUGGUCAUUGGUACUCAAGUAUCAUACUUCGAAAUGCCAGAUUAAGAUCUGUAAAGUUUGCAUGAGGUAAGUAGAGUUGAGUAAAAUCUGUAUAUUUUGCAUGGGAUAUUGCAUAAGGAUGGGGGCAGCCCUUCUUGGGUUUAUUUUCUCCCAUUUUUUUCAAAGUUAAAUUUUCCCUCAAGGUGGUUUUCCCUCACUUCUUAAACUUUGUAAUUUACUUAAUUUAAGUAAAUUAAACUAGAUGAUUAAAUUUAGUGUUAGCUAGAUGAAUCCUUCAGGUUAAUAUUAUUUUAAUUAUUAAUUUAUUUAAUCACAGGGCCAAGAAAACGUUACAAAAACCAGCCCCAGCAGCUGCAGUUAUUCAAAAAAAUGAAUUAAAUGUUCCAAUGUGUGGGCAAAGUCUGGAUGAAGAUGAUUUAAUUGUUUGGAAGGUAUAUAUAAAACUACAUGUACAUUCCAAUUUUUAACCUGACGAUACAUUCUUUUUUGUCUUUACUCAUCAACAAAGUGUUGUGAAAUAUAAUCAGAUUAUAUCUGUGAUAAUGUGGUCUAAAUUGUUCUUUUUUCUGUCAAAUGUCAGACCGUUUUUCUUACCAUUCAUGGUGAAGAGAAGACUUUCCCCUUGAAGGUUAAGAUCAUAGUUAAGAUCGUUAGAUAGAGUAAAAUAAUAAAAUCAGGUGCAUUGAGCAGGGGUGAGAAAUAUAGCGGACCAUUGGUCCCAGAAAAUUUUUUAUGCUGGCAGAAAGAAAAAAGGGAAGUAAGAAAAAGGGGGAAAGAAAGAAAAGAAGGGAAAGAAAGAAAAGAAUGGAAAGAAAGAAAAGAACGAAAAGGAAAGAAAGAAAAAAGGAGGGACAGAAAAAGAAUAGGAGAGUAACUGCACCAAUCAGUAGGGCCCAAAAAAAAAUAUGUGGGUUUCCGGUUUCUUCUUAUAAAAACUUAGGUAGGGUAGGUCGGUUUUAACUUUUUUUUAAACCUUUUUUAAUUUUUCGAACAAGCGGACGCCAUUUUGUUUAGUCAGUGCUUCCACAUCCAAAGAUAAAUUUCCCUAAUAUAUUUGCCUCAAAUUUCAAUUUUCCACAAACUUUUUCCUCUAAGUGGAAACACUUACAAGCAUAGUCCAAUAAAAACGUUUAGGGUCGGGAUUUCGAUGUCCAAAAGCUAGGUAGGGUCGGGAAACCGGAAACCCACAUAUUUUUUUUUGGCCUAGCCAUUUUGUUCAUGGACAAACACUAAUAGGGGGUGCCUCCAAAAUAAUUUCCGAAAGAACUUUGAUAGCGGAAUGUAGCCUCAUUUGCAGGCAACUUUGUUCUACCCCCUUUGCCCUUUUGUUAGAUUUGUAUCGUACCACUGCCUUGGUUCCAAAAUUUGCUAUCUGUAUCGUUCCCCUCCCUCCUUAAUUUCGAUUCCCAAUUUUUAUUUCUAUAGGAAGUAGUAAGAGUAACAGUAAUAAAUGACUUUAUUAGCAUGACAAGUAUUGCUUAUUAGUUGGUAUAAUUAUAUACAAAUGCAAAGUAUUUUGUGGUAGUAUGACAUACUGUCAGUAUCAAGUAAUACAAGAAAUAGAAAUGAAGUUAUUGAUAUAAAGGAAGACUUAGUUUACAGAUGAUGUUUCCAUUGGGCAAUUGCUUCAUUAUACAUAACAAAAUGUUCACUCACUGUGAAAGUGCACAAAUUUCCAUAAAGGCGAACAAAAACAUAGAACUUACAAUACCUUUUGUCCAGCUUCCAAAUCAUGUUUGUUUUCAGACAACUAAUUAUGAUGCAAAAAUUAAUACAGUUUAAAACCGCUUUCCAUGCAGUUUUCACAAAUUCACAGUCUUUCCUCACUUGUUUAUUUCAAUUAAAUCCUUUCCUCAGUUGCUUUAUUAAAGUAAAUCUUCUAGGACUGCCACAGCUUUUUAUGUGGUACUAUGGUUAUUUAAUAAUUCUUAAAUCUUAUUAGUCCUCUUUGCAAGUGAGCCUUUAAUUAAUUUAAAUUAUACAGGAUUUGUGUUGACAACUCGCUGAAAAUUUUCCCACUUUUCGUUGCGGUCCCAGAAAAUAAAAUAUUUUUUCCACCCCUGCUGAUGCAUUGAGGCUUAAUUGGUUAAAUUAAUAAGCGUACCUGGAAGCCAUGUCCACUCAUUGUACUUUUGAACUCCAUUAGUACACAAGACUCUCACAUUGACAAGUACAGUUGUCUGGCAUCGGACAGAGUAAAAUAAUAAAGUAGUGUCAACUAUCCAUGUGUUAAUUAACCUUCAUACCACUGAGGUUGUUGAUCUGCUCGACGUCACACCUUGACCACAUCCACUUAACCAAUGCAAACAAAUACGUAAUGUUACAACAUAAUAUACUGAUUGCUACAGGAUAAAUGUGUUCCAGCAGACAUCACACAUUUCAAAGAGGACCAUCAUUAUAUGUUAAAAGAUUCCAUCCUUGGUAAAGGUGGUCGUGGAGCAGUCCAAGAUAUGUUAAUGUCAGAUAAUGUCAAGAAAAAAAUGUUCAGCUCGGAUUGUAUUGACUUUGUCAUGAAAAAGGUACUUCUAAACUCAAGAAUUAAGUACAGUAGUUCACUAUUUAAUUUCCAUACACGACAUUUAUAAGAGCAAGAAUAUUAAACUGUAUCUCAAUUAAGUUCUUUGUAGGUUUGCAUGGCGAUCAAUAAAACAUGAUACUUUUUGUUCAUAUUAUUAGCACUGAUGAAGAUCUGGGCUUACAGAUCGAAAGCUUUGCAGUAAUAAAUUUAUGUGGUGUUUCCACAAACAAAAAGUAUUAUAUGUAUCUCAAUUAUUUUUAUUUGUUACCAUGCAAACUAAUCAGCAACAAGACUACUAUACUAUAGUAUAGAUAUAAUGAACAGAAUGUAUUCUUCCGGAAAGUAUGUCACCUUUGCUAUAGUGCCUUUGUUUAUUGACUAUAGCCGAAGUGGCAUACCUCCAAAAAGGGUGUAUUAGGGUCAUUUUCUCUCUGAUAACUGUCUCGUGUCUACCAUGGCAUCUGCUUCAUAAUUCCGGGUGUCCCGAAAGUGUAAGGUAAAAACUAUAAAAGCUAUUACACUCGAAUAAAUUUUAUUGUAUUCAGUAAAAGCUAACUUAGAUUUUGAUAUAAAGCCCUAAAAGUGUCAUUUAAUAUUACGUGAGAUACAAAUAUUUGAAUUUGGCGCACACUUUAAAAUGACCAAAAAAUUGAGAAAUGUGCCUGAUAGAGCUGUGUGCCGGAGCUCCGGCGUGUUUUGUAUUAAAUGGAAAAAUUAAGUUGUUUACUAAUAUAUUACUAUUUAUAUGUUGUUUUACUAUAUAUUACUAUGUUUACUAUUAAUACAGUAGUGUUGUAAAAAGGGGUUUAAAAAAGAUAAAUUCUGAAAUUACACUGGAAUGCUUUUGCCUGCUUUCACUUUUAAAUAUGAAAUUUCCUUAAAAAUUUCUUGCCGGAGUCGUAGUUUUGACUGCCAGAGGUAAAAUAACCGGAGUUUGCACAGCUCUAAGUCGCCUGAUAAAAUUUUCCACAAAAAUUUUCCACUCAACUUUAAUUUUGGGUAAUGUUUUAGUUAGCCUUUCUUGUUUCUUGGGAAGCGAAAUGAGCAUGAAACAUCUAAAAACGUUUGAAAGCAUAUUUGAUGUCCUUUGCCUUUGGGAGUUUGUAUUAUAAGUUGGUAUUUGUUUGCCUUUCAAAUAUGCUUCGACUAACAAAAGAUUAAAGAGUUUCGGUUUUAUGGUUUCUCGUGAAAGACAUUGUAUACGUGAAAAAGGACAGACUCUCUGUGACAAAUGAAUAAAUUCUUUAUGUGCAACCGCAAUUAUGUUUUUCAUUUGUUCUUUUAGCCACAGUAGAAUUAUAUAUCAAUUUUAACCAAAUAAUAUUUGAUUCGAUUUAAAACAUAUUGGUAACUCAGUAAAUGUAGCACAGGCAUUCAAAUGUUAUAUAUCAAAAUUAAGUUAGUCCUUUCUGAAGACAAUAAAACUUGUUUGAGUGCAAUAGCUUUUAUAGUUUUUAUGUUACAUUAAAUCAAAAUUGGGGGGGGGGGGGCACCCGGCAGUCAGGGUGCAAUAUUUUUUUUAUAAAACCUACAUAUAUUGUAGUCCAUUAUAGCAUAUUUAUGUUACAUUUACUUUAAAUUUGUCUAUUUGUAUAGACAAAGGAAGUGGGUGAGGACGAGAAGUGUUUGUUUGAAGAAACGGCAAAGCACCCAAACUUUGUUCAGACUUUUCUUCUGGUCAAGAAGACACACCCUGCACCCCAUCAUUGUAUAGUCAUGGAGAAGUGUGGUUAGUAUAUAGAUCACCUUGAGGUUGUUUCAGGGAUCGAACUAGCGGCUUGCUAUUCGCAAUUUGCGAAUGUAAAUUCGCUUUUUGCAAAUGCAAAAUCAACC